CAAAACCAGAGAAUAUGAUUCCUGCUUUAACUGGCAUUCGCUGUGGUCUAAGAGACCAAGGCCUUCCUCUCUUUCUUUUGCCUUUGCUUCCUUUUCUUGAACAGAGCUCCCCUACACGGUGGUAUUAAAACCCUUCAUAGUAUGAAUCUACCCUCUCUUUUUCUCUUUCAAAAAGGCUUGUACUGAUUAAAAUGUAAAGCAAAAAAAAGUUGGCAAAGCGAAACAAUAUUUUUGUGGGGUCUCCUUCUUAAGGAACUAUAUAUAUACAAAGCAACAAUAUUUUUUUAACAGAGCUCAAAUCUUUCAUGCUUGAACUGUUUUUCUUCUUCUUUGUUUUCCAUGUUAAAGUAAGAAACUUAAGCAAUGGUGAGGAAAUGGGUAGUUAUUACUCUCAUAUUUUUGGUUCUCUUUAAUGGGUUUUCUUCAGUUUCUGCCACCCCACCUGCAAAAAUUGUAACUUCAGUUGUCUCAAAUGUGGUGUCUGCUCUUGUUAAAUGGCUAUGGUCACUAAAAUCAGCACCCAAAACUGCUAUUUCUAGCCGUUCCAUGAUGAAAUUUGAAGGUGGAUACACUGUGGAAACAGUUUUUGAUGGAAGCAAGCUUGGGAUUGAGCCAUUUGCUGUUGAAGUUUCCCCAAGUGGAGCUAUCUUGGUGUUGGAUUCUGAAAAUAGUAACAUUUACAAGAUCUCAAUGCCAUUGUCUAGAUACAGCAGACCUAAGUUGGUUGCUGGAUCAUCUGAAGGGUACUCUGGGCAUGUAGAUGGGAAACCAAGAGAAGCUAGAAUGAAUCAUCCAAAAGGUCUUACGGUGGAUGACAGCGGAAAUGUAUACAUUGCAGACACAAUGAAUAUGGCUAUAAGGAAGAUCAGUGAAUCAGGGGUUACAACUAUUGCUGGUGGAGGAAAAUGGAGCCGAGGAGGAGGUCAUGUCGAUGGUCCAAGUGAAGAUGCAAAAUUUUCAAAUGAUUUUGAUGUGGUUUACGUAGGAAGUAGCUGCUCUCUUUUGGUUAUAGAUAGAGGAAACCAGGCAAUUCGUGAGAUUCAACUCAAUGAUGAUGAUUGUUCCCAUCAGUAUGAUGGCAGUUUUCAAUUAGGUAUAGCAGUGCUGGUUGCUGCUGGCUUCUUUGGUUACAUGCUGGCCUUGCUGCAGCGUAGAGUACAAGCAAUGUUCUCUUCCCAUGACGACUCGAGAACUCCAAUAAAGAGAGAAGCAACUAUGGCACCGUAUCAGAGGCCUCCUAAAUCAGUCAGGCCUCCCUUAAUUCCACCCGAAGAUGAACCUGAAAAAGCAGAGGAAGGCUUCUUUGGUUCAAUUGGUAGGCUCGUCCUCAAUACUGGCUCAUCUGUGGCUGAAAUCUUUGGGGGAUUAUUUUCGGGCUUUAGAAGGAAGCCUCGACACUAUCAGUAUCAACAUCAGUACCAGCAAUCAACCAUACAAUCGAGAGGAUGGCCUAUGCAAGAGAGCUUUGUGAUUCCUGAUGAAGAUGAGCCACCUUCCUUAGAUACUAGGACUCCAACACCCAAGAGAAGUUACCCAUUUAUGACCAAGGACCUUGAAAGAAAACACCAUAUCAAACAAAGCCGGCCUCACUAUAAUGGGUGGGAUGCUAAGUAUCAGCAACAGCAGCAAAUGCAGAUGCAGCACCAUCAACAGCAGCAGCAGCAGCAGCACCCACAUAAGCAUUAUUCCUCCAACCCACAAACUUAUUAUGAGAAGAGCUGUGAGACAAAUGAGAUCGUUUUUGGGGCAGUUCAAGAACAGGAUGGAAGGCGUGAAGCUGUGGUAAUAAAGGCUGUAGACUAUGGGGAUCCUAUCUAUAAUCACAACCUUCGACCUCGUUUGAAUUACAUGGGUUUCUCCCAUGGCUAUUGAUCAUCUGCCAGAGCUUAUUAAUCAAAUGACAGCAAACAAAGAUCUUUCAAGUCCCUAUGUAUGCUAUGAACAUGGGGAUGUAGGACUGUUGAUGAUGUAAGCUUACAGUUUCCCAUUUGAUUUUCCUUUCUCAGGAGAUAUGUUAGUUUCCAAGUUUGUUCCGCAUAAUAGGAUGUAAUAUAUGUAUUGUAGUUGACCCAAAAUGAAGACAAUCAAGUCAAUGGUUUAGCACUU